GGAUAUUAACCCGGUGUGGAGGAGGAAAUGCCACACCAGUCUAUAAAUAUACUUCGGCAGAGCUGUAAUGACCCUCUGUUGUAUUCGGGGGAAGAAGGUAGUAGAUGUACACCACACGGCAAGAGGAAACGAGUGGGCUGUUUAUGGCUGGAUGGAUGUUAGCACGGUUGAGACGAGGAAAAGCAACCUAUUUAUUGAGUUACCACGGUAACUAGUAACGGACGGUAACAAACAGUAACCGAUUGAGUUACUGAGGUAACAAGUUGAGACGAGGAAAAGCACCACAGUAACUGAUUGAGUUACCACGGUAACAAACAAUAACGGACGGUAACAAACAGUAACCGAUGGAGUCACUGAGGUAACAAACAGUAAUGGACGGUAACAGACAGAAACGGAGGGGAGGUGAAGACUUCACUUCUUUGUUACAUCGCUGCUACUACCUUCAGGCUGUAAGUGUACAACACAGCGAGAGAAAGGAGUGAAGGAGGAGCCAUGCCUUGGCCUUUUUCCCUGAGAAAGAGGAGGAGAAGCCACUGUUUUGCUUGUUUUGAAAAUGGUGGGUUCAUCUGUGAACAGCCCACAAUGAGGGAGAGAUGGUGACUGGCAAGACACGACACUGAUGGGCAAGACAGCGAUCAGCACGGUCGUGAUUUGCGAGAAAGACCAUUUCAUGCUGAGCAAACAGAAGAUGUUUUCGGCGAUGGGGAAUGUAUGAUGAAGGAAGACUUCGGGCUCGGAUCGUUCCUUGCUUCAAGCUGAGGAAGUGAAGUGCUGUGUGCUUGUAUCUGAAAAUGAAAAUGGCUGAUCCGUCUGAAAAAAAUGGCCAACUCGUCGCACUCGAUGGGAGGGAAGAGAAAUGUCAGGACAGUGAUCGACAAGAUGGCAUUGGGCAAGAAUGGCCACUCGACAUGGAAGCAGAAGAGAUGUUAGCUAAGAUGAAGGACGGCAGGCGACAGUGGAAAGAACUGAUGGAGGCUCUCCGGUGGUGUUACAGGUGUCUGCUCAUAUCAGCACUCCUAGCAUCCCGCUUGGGUUGUAGAAAAGGACAGUGGAAAGACGUGAUCCUACUUUACACAUUCCUGAAAUAGCGGAUCCGUCUGCAAAAAAAAACGCCUCUCUCGCGGCACUCUCGAUUGGAGGAAUGAAGUAGGGUAGGGAUGAAGGAUGGCAGGACAGUGAUCGGCACAGUGGCAAUAGGCAAGAAUGGCCACUCAAAGAGCGAGUGGAAGCUGUUAUCGACGUGACACUGUUUUGGAUAUUCCUGAAAAAUGGAUGAUCUGUCUGAGGAAAGGGGUGAAAAAUGGAUGAUCUGUCUGAAGAAAGGGGUGAAAAAUGGAUGAUCUGUCUGAAGAAGGGGUGAAAAAUGGAUGAUCUGUCUGAAGAAAGGGGUCUCUCAUCGAACUCAGUGGGAGGGGUGAAGGAAGAAUGGCCACUCGAAGAGAAAGCGGAAGAUGGUAACCAAGGUGAGAGAAUAAACGAGGAAAGUAGUGACACUACCCUGGAUAUUGUUGAAUGCCUGGUCUGCGUGAAAGAAUUGCCACUUGCCUUCUCCUAUCAGCACCCCUAGCAUCAGCUGGGGUUGUUUCUCCCCCCCACCCAAAAAAAAGAAAAAAAAAAGAAUAGGCACUUGAAGGGGGAGAGUAUGAUCGGCAAGAAGGAUCUGUCCAGAGGCGGGUAGAAGAUGUUUGCAAGUUUUUCUUAAAAUGGGUGAUCCAUCAGAUGCACAAGAAUGACCCCUGCAGGUCCAACAAGUGGAAGAUGUUUGUCAGCAUGCAAAUGGGUGGCUUGGUUGCUGAGGGGUGUAUUGGCAGGGUUUUAAUAGGGGGAAAGGAAGACCGACAGGAGAAAGAAGCAUAUGUACUAGAAUGGAACGGACGGAAAUGGGUAGAGGACCCCUCUACUAGAGCUGCCUUGCUUUCAAACCCUCCAUAUUUUUGCCUUGUUACUUAUUGACGUUACCUUCUGAAGACCCCGUUUUGUUACUUUUGCAGGGGUUUUCAAAAUGGGAGGAGUUCCCGAAGAGUUCCCCUCCACAACCCACCCGCCCCCUGGAUGAUUUGUGUGGUGCCAUUUUUGCCUUGCUACACCCCUCCUCCAUAUCUGAGGGGUUUUGUUGAACUCCUUCGAAAUUUGAAUUUUGCAGCCUCCCUGGUACUAAAUAGCUAGGCUAGCCUCCCUAGUAAUAAAUAGCUAGGCUAGAAAUAGGACCCCCCUUGCAUGGUGGAGUUACUUCUGAGGGGGUCUCAAAAUGGACGAGUUCCCAAAUAGCCCCUCCCCAACUUAGAUUAUGUGUUGUUGCCAUAUCCUUCUUUUUGCUACACCCCUCCUGAGGGGUUUUCGUCGAACUCCUGUUUUGAAGUUUUGCAGCCUCCCUAGUAGUACUGAAUAGCUAGACUACAAAUAGGACCACCCCCCAGCAUCUUUCUGCCAGGUUUUCCGUGCACUGCUGUUUAUAAUUUUGUACCCUCCCUAGUACCUAGGAGGCUAGGGGGACAGGGACCCCCCGUUGCAUCUUCCUGAGGGGUUUUCCUUGAACCGUUUUUUUUUUCUUUUUUUUAAAUGACAGGCCUCAAGAAUUAGACCUCGUUGGGAGGUGCUGGUGGUUAAUGUUGUAGCCCAGUCCUUGUUUGUGUGUGUGUGUCAAAAUGCCAGCAGUGAUUCAGAAAUGAAUAUAGUUUAAUGAC